AUGAUCAAAUUUACUUUAAUCAACGACAAAUUCAUCAGGGCUUUUAAAAAGUUACUCAAUUUGUCUCGUGUGACUACCGCUGCUACCAACACCUCCAUAGCCUAUGAAUUGACAGUUUCUUUAUUUGAUUGCCUCACUUUGAGUACUGCUAAGACACAUCGUCUCUGGGUUCACGCUAUAUUAUAUAAACUCCCUCAGGCAUUGAAAAUUUUGAAGAUCAAUCAGGCGAAAUUGAGUAAUACCCUUACAAAUACGACAGAUGCAAUAGACUUUGCAAAGAACAAGCCUCUGAUAAUCAGUCUAUUACAGAAUUUAGUAUCCUUGGACCUUGUUAAACCUACACAACUUUCUAAGCGGUUCUCAGAUGCCUCUGUGAUUACCCCUGCGUCAUCAAAACUUAGUUUGGAAGAGCUGAACCAUGAUUACACAUCUAUUUUUCAUACGUGCAACCCGGAAUUUGUAUCUUUAGAAGAGUCUGGCGUUAAGGAGUUCAUUAAUAAGGUGUCGGAAUCAUGGAUUCAAACUGAAAUGUUUGGUAAACUCGUACUGGAAUCAAUUAAUUCCUUUAUUAACAAUCAUGACAAUAUCAGGCUGAGAAGACUGUUGAUUUCUUUGACUAUGAACAGUCGGAUAAUGGACUAUGUAAUUCUUCAGGAAUCUCCCUACUCUAUUACAAAGCAGUUGAUAGCAUACUUGGAAGAACAGGUGGAUGUCAAGCCAGAUUCUGAGAGCAAGGGAGACCAAUCAGGGCAGGAGACUGGUGCUGAGUUUAUGGAUUUGGAUCUAGGCGAUGACGAUUCGUCCAAUGCCCAGGAUUUCUUUACAGAUUUUGGUACCAUUCUCAUCUUCAUUCAGUACACAGUAUUUCGAUACAAUCUGAAUCUUUGGAAGUUUGAAAAAGAUGAGCAAACGUUGCAACUUUUGAACAAUGCCAGUACUGUCAAUGCCAAAGAUUACCUGGAAAAGCUUCAGGAGCCGGAUUCCGAAUUGAACACCAUCAUCAAUGACUGGAUUUGCUCAUUAUUCGAUAAUGUGAAUUCUGAUGGUAUAUCUGAUGACCUAGUGAGGAAGUGCAGUAUAAGGGACUACCAUUUUAUUAUGCCUCGUGUAAUUGAGGAGGCCGUCACUGCUUAUAGUCUGUCACUCAUUGAUCAGGACUCGCUGAUGGGUGGCCUUGAAUACUUCUAUCAGCCAUUCUUGAUUAACAAUCUAACUACGGUGUUUCGAUAUCUAGUGAAUGCCAGCUGGGCUAAAGAAAACCAGAAUGAUAUCAUUGCAUUGACUAAAAUAUUGCGAAAGCUUAGCGUUUGUGAAGAUAUGACAGGGGAAGUCAAAAUUCUUCACUCUAUGAUCAUGGAAAUUGUCAACGAUGAUCUUUAUUUGGCUCUUAAAAAUCUUAACAGUCUACCUCAAGUUGAGGAGUAUCUUUCAAAGUUGAAGACUCCCGAUGAGGAAGGCGUUGACUUGAGAGCUUUAGUAAACUAUGUGAAUGAGGGAACACCUGCCAAAUUUGAGGUUGUGUCAGUUUAUCUGAUUGCCGAUUCUAUUGGCUCUGAAUUGGAUUGGUUCUACGAUCAGUUGACGCUACUUUUGGAAACAACCAAUAAAGAAUUCAUCGAUGUUCUCAAUUACGAGCUUAUUGCAUCGCUGAUGAUUUACUAUUCGUCCUUCAAAACAUGUACAAACUUGAGCUCAUGGAUUUCAAAUUUGAAUUCAUUUACGGAAAAGAAAGUUGGAGGAAACUUGACGUUUAAUAGAAAAUCACCGGAGAAGAUGAUUAUUAUAGACGCUGCCAAAGAGAAGAGACUUGAGCAGGAUAAGAAAAAAGUGGAGAAUGAUGAUAACAAUAAGGACAAUAAGGAUUCAUCGUUUGAUUCCAACUUUUUUGGCUUCAUUCAAGAACCUGAAACGGAAGAAAAGCCGGAAAGCUCCAUUGAAGUGAAACCAGAUCCUGAUGCUAUGGAUGUGGAUACGAAUGAGAUGAUAAAUGAAAUCAAACCAGCAGCACCGAAAGAGGAUAAUCACGACCUUUUUAUGGCAAAUCUUCUGGUUCUCAUUCGCUAUAACGACCCAAGAACGGUUAACAAUCUUGUUACGAGGAUCCUUUCCAAUAUGGAAUGUCUUUACUAA